UGACCUUGCUGUUAGCAGUGGAUGUAGAACCACUGCACUACCACUGGCUCCUGACCACUGCUCCUUGGACAAAGUGUUAGGUAUUUGCUUCUGCCAACAGCCCUGGGGAAAGCUUUGUAAAGAAUCACAAGCUUGGAAACUCUUCGGGGCAGACCUGCCCUGUCCUGUAGCUCUGAGUCAGAAUCCAAGGAAUGACAGUCAGCCCAGCUCCUGUGCCCAGACCCAAGCCCCCCCACCGCUCAAUGGACACCCCCAGCCCAUUCCCGUUGCCUUCGCAUUUGCCCGCGGAGGAAGUCAAGUCUCCGGCCGCACCUCUUCCCGUUUCCCGGGGCCGCCGAGGCCGCCGUCCGGGGGGGCCUGCCUCCCCCAAGGCCAAGCUCUCUGGCCGGCAGGGCUGGCUCUCCAGGCCCGGCCAGGAGCCCCUGCGGCCCCCGGAGGUGCCGUCCCCGGUGGGCAGUGGCGGCGGGGGCAACAGCCUGCUGCUGAUCGAUGACCACGGCGUGCCCUACACUGUGUCCGAAGGGUCGGCGGCAGCGCGGCCCGAGGGCGCCGGCCCCAAGAAGGCGCCGCACUUGUGCCCGGUCUGCCUGCGGGCCUUCCCCUACCUCUCGGACCUGGAGCGCCAUCGCAUCUCGCACUCGGAGCUGAAGCCGCACCUGUGCAAUGCCUGCGGCAAAGCCUUCAAGCGCUCCAGCCACCUGCGGCGCCACUGCAACAUCCACGCGGGCCUGCGGCCCUUCUGCUGCCUGCUUUGCCCGCGCCGCUUUCGCGAGGCCGGCGAGCUGGCCCAGCACCACCGCGUCCACUCGGGCGAGCGCCCCUUCCAGUGCCCGGUCUGCCGCCUGCGCUUCGCCGAGGCCAACACGCUGCGGCGCCACGCCAAACGCAAGCACCCGGGCGCCCUGGGAGAGUCCCUGUGUCCCCCGGACCCAGGCCCAGGCCCCGUGGCCGAGCAGCCACCGUGGGACGACAGUGAGGGCAUCCCGGCCACGUCGGGGACGGACCAGGAGGGCCCAGAGGGCAAUCAGCCCGCCUGACCCUCCGCCCUGGCCGCCCUUCCCCUGGCCAAGAGUCCAGCGGGUGUUGGUCCCCAGCAGGGGGCGGCGAGAGUCCUGCUUCUCCUCUGGGGGGCAGGUGGGCACCCACAUUUUGGGGUCCUGCUGCCUUCUGCCCCGCUCACCGAGACUGGAGGGUCCCUGGAGGCCGGUCUGCGGAAAUAAAUUUCUGCCUGCUGGUU